AAGAUGUGGACGAUGACGGCUGCAGAUAUAACCAACAAGUUGCUGGUGAAGCUGGAAAUUUUAGUUAGUUUGCCAAGAUACCUCAAAGCGUGAAGGUGACAAAGUGUAUACGUAAACGGCGGACAAAAAGGAGAAAAUUUAUUAACAAAAAAAAAAAAACAAGAAAAAAGAAAACGAAUUACGUGAAAGCCUAAAAAGUGCAUAAAGCAAUUGAUUGUAUUAAAAUACACAAAAAUAAAAAGAAUUUAAAAUUCAAAUACUUAUCGGCACAUUCUUUAAAAUAAUAUUGAUUUAAAAUGCAGAUGAUGAUGAUAACGAAAUCCCGAAUUCAUCAACUAUUUGUGUUAACCUUGGUCAUUUGUUGUCUAACAACAGCGGUAAAUUGUGGUAAAAUAACAACAAAAGGUAAAACAAAAGCCGUUACCGAAACUAGUGGCGAUGUAGCAACAACAACGACGACGACGGCGACACCCAAGUCGGAAGUUGUUGCCACUAAAGCAGAUGCCGACAACGAUGACCGAGACUCUAACGAAGAUACAGACGAUGAUGAUGAUGAUGCUGCCGAAAAAAAUGCCGUACAAUCGUCCGAUGAAUCUCUGUUCAGUGUCUGGGGUAUUGUUCGAGGUGUUUUAAAUUGGAUUAAAGAUGACAUUUCUGGGGGACUUUUUGGAGCCGAUGAUGAUGUUGCAGCAGAAAAAACUGCUGUACAAGAGCCCGAUGUGUCGACAUCAAGAGUAUGGGGUAUUGUAAGAGGUGUUUGGAAUUGGAUUAAAGACGACAUUUCAGCGGGACUAUUUAGUGCGGAUGAUGACAGUGCAACAUCCGCUGUUGCAGAGGGACGUUCCGACGGCAGUGUAGAAGCACGUACAUUUGGCAAAAUUCGUCGUCUGCAAAUGGCUUUGAUUCCCAUAAUCUUUAAAUUUGGUGUUCUUACUGCCAUGGUUGCUUUCCUAGUGGGUAUUGGUUUGAAAACGCUAUUCCUUGUCAAAGUCUUACUCGCCAUGAAUGCCCUGGCGCUCUUGGCUAAAUUCUUUACACUCAAAACGGGCUUGCUUCCUCAAAUCCAGUACUCGGCCCCACCAAGUUGGAAUCCUCAUCAUCAUGUUGAAUAUUCAGCCCCGUCCAGUUGGAAUUGGUCGCCACCAUCAUCGGCCGGCUGGUCUGCUGCACCUGUACAACACGAACCUGAACAUCAUUCCUCCCAUCCCAGCAAGGAAAUCCAUUUGCACAUCCACGGUGGUGCGGCAUCACAACCUAAAACUGAUAGCUAUACCGCUUAUGUAGCAAAUCCAUCACAAGCAACCGCCUGGCAGCGCAGCGAUCCCUACAGCGCCUAUGAGCCGUUGUUAAAUCAACAAAACGAUCUAACAGUGGACGCCACACAAUCUGUCCCAGUUACCGUGCACACCGAUGUGCCCUCGAAUCAUCGAAUGUUUUAGAAAAAAAAAACUUUGCCAAAUGUUGCUAACAUUUGGAUGCAAAAUGUUAGGCGAUUGUGAAAUAAAUUGUAGUCACUCGGAAUAUUAUUUUCAAGCAAAGAACUUAGGAUUUUUAACGAAUUAAAACAGGGCAAACUUUAUAGUGAAGUCUGACCCUUUAGCUUAGUUAAGUUAUGAACAAAACUAUUAAUGUAAAUACAUUUAAAUUUAUUUAUAAAUAGUUUUUAAUAGUAAUCUAUUGUAAUUUAUUUCAUUUUAAUUAGUAGAAAUAUAAUAAAGCAUAAGUAAAGAAAA